UCUAUAUAUACACAUAUAUAGAUAUAGAGAGAGAAAGAGAGAAAGAGAGAAGACCCUCUCUCUCUCUCUUCAGCUCAGCUCAGCUCCUACUACGGUUGCCUUUUCGGCUUUUGCUUUUUUCUCGUCGUCCACCCGUGACACAUUCUUAAUCAUUUUCUUUGUCAAUGCCCAACCUUUUGCUUUACUCAAUCUUCGUCAACCCUAGCUACCUGCUAAUUCAUGUCUUCCAUUCUAUCUCUAUAAAUAAUCCUUAAAUUCUUACCUAGCUUCUCAUCGGUCUUUAAUAUUUUCUUAAUUGCCUCUUGGGGAUUUUCGAUUUCAUUACUUUCUUGAUUCUUGAUUUCUUACCAAUGGAGGUUCAGGUUGCAGGUAACAAUGGCCGCAAGAGGAGAGCUUGUCAAAUGAUGGAGACGUGUCGAUUCCCGCUCGACGACCUGAAUCAGGACCUUCUUGAAAGGGUUCUUGCCUGGCUGCCCACGGCGGCGUUUUCGCGCCUCAAAUCUGUCUGCAAGAGAUGGAAAUCGGCUGCGGAUUCCGCCGCUUUCCGCCGGGCCUGCUCGCAGGUGCCCCGCCGGGAUCCGUGGUUUCUGAUGGUGGAUGCUCGGUCGGAUAUGGAUUUCCGGCGAUCGGCGGUGUUUGACUCGUCGGAGAAUGGAUGGAAGACGAUCGAUCUCGCGCCCCUGCUCCGGCAGGGGUGCGAGAAUCGGAAACCCGACGCCGGAGAUUUCAUCCCCGUCGCAGCUUCCGGCGGCCUGAUUUGCUUCCGCGCCGCCGACGGCGAUUUCCUCGUCGCCAAUCCCGUCGACGCCGCCGCCGCCUCGCGGCGAAUCGGUUAUCCUUUUCCCGAAUCUCCGGUUCGGGCCAUCGCCAUGGUUACGCAAUCCGAGGGCUUCGAGCUCGUCACAGUCUCCGGCGAGCUUCCGAAUCUGAAAUUCCGGCGGUACAAUUCGGAGAGGGAUGAAUGGGCGCCGGAAACCGCCCUCACACAGAAGAGCUCCGCCGCCGGCGAAGCAAGCGACGAGUGCACACAGACACAGUACUUCCUGACAAAAUCCGGCAACGUCGUCUCCGCCGAUAUCCAGAGAAGCGCCGCCAAGCAGUACUCGUCGGUCCUCACCGUCAAAGACGGCGACGAGAUUCUCUCCUUCAUCAGCUCCUCCGGCACGAUCAUCUCCUGCAAUCUGAACCACAAAUCCUUCUCCGAGCACCCGCGGCUGCUCCCGGUCUUCUCGGAAUAUUCGAUCGACCUGGUCGAGUCCGGCGGCGAAAUGUACGUCGUCUUGCUGUCGGAGUUUCUGGAGAGCUCCAGCCUUCGGGUGUGGCGUUGGGACGACGGCGUCGGGUUCUGGCGUCAGGUGGCGGCGAUGCCGCCAUGGAUGUCCCACAAGCUGCACGGCAAGAAAGCCGACAUAAAUUGCGGCGGCGCCGCCGCCGGGGAGAUGCUUGUUUGCUUGAAUUCCGGCGAGGUUUGCAGCUAUGUAAUGUGCAAUUUGGAGACAAAUGAUUGGACAGAAUUGGAAGAAUUUUCUUGUGAUGGUAAAAUUAGGGAUUUUGUUUGUGGGGUUCCGUUUGAGCCCAGAAUUGAAGCCUCUGUUUGGGGCAAUAACGAUAAUAGUAAGAAUUAAUUAGGUUGAAGAAAUCAAAGAUUUGAUCCAUUAGAUCAGAGCCCUCUCUCUGUUUGUAUUUUCUUGAAGAUUUUGAUUGUUUGUUUUGUGAGAGCUUUGUGGAUUCAUCAAUGGCGAACAGUGCAAUUUAAUUUUAAUGGUCCUGUAAGUAACAACAGUAUAUAAUCUGGAUACUUAAUCAAAUGGGGAUAGAAAUUAAUUGAAAUCCAAACAGCCAGUAACAUAAAUACGAUGAUCCCCAAAACCUCAAUUAAGCCUGAAAACGAUGAUCAGCAACAGGGUACCUAU